UUGUUUGCCUUUGCUAUUUCACUGGAUUGUUCAAAUUUGUAUUAAUCUCUUGUGAUCUGAUAUGACACAGUAGUUUUAGUACUAUAUCAAGCAGAGCAAAAUAAGGUCAGUUUGUAUAGAUUGUCAAUGCUUGUUGUAUACCUCAAAGUAAAGGUAGUAUAGGUGUGGCAGGCGACAGUCAGUCAGGUGACUUCCUCCAAGCAGGAAAGCAUUUUUUUUUGCAGUUACAUAUUCCAUUGAUUACUUAAAAACUGAAGAAAUAUUUUGACUUCACAAAUUAUUGUUAACCAGACAAAGUAAAGAAAAUUAUUGAAGUAGUCGGAAUAUAAUUUUGUCAUCAGGUAUAUGAACGUCAUCUUGAAAACUAUUACAAGAAACUUCACUGAUGUAUUCCUCCAGCAGCAUUUUAGAAAAUCCAGUCUAUAUGACUGGUAGAGAGCUUGAAUUAUCACAAAGAAAUGAAUAUUCAAGAUUAACACCACAUGGAAAAUAUUUAUCAGAGCCUUCUUCUACAGUUACACCAUAUUAUAAUGUGGCAUAUAAUGAACAAAUGAAUGUACCAGAUUUACAACAUCAAGAAUUUGGUAUAAAUUAUCAACAUACAGCUCAGUAUAUAACUGAAAAAUUAAAACAGCAAAAUGCAAGUGAUCUACAUAUGACUCAGUAUAAAAGUGAAGAAUUAAAACUGCAAAAUGAUAUUCUCAGAAACAUUAUGGCUAAUAAAAACAGUGGCUCUAGCGAUGGUGCUUGGGCACUUAUUACUUAUGGGGAAUUCAAUAGACCUGUCACUGAUAUUUAUGUUAGAGAAAAUAAUUAUGUGAUUGACAAUUCAAACUAUGUAAAGGACCAAUUCAGAAUUGGUUUGAGAUCAUUACAACAAUGUCGAGCUGAAAUCCUCUUUAAUGAAAAUUUACAUGUUAUUCUGAGUCAAAGUGAAAGUGGCAGCAUUUCUUUGAUCAACAACAGCAAUUUCCCUGUGUUUAUUAAAGAUUAUUUGGACAUGAAACAGCCAUACUUCUCGCAAGAAGUUAUUGAACAGCAAGGGGUUAUUUUCAACCAAAGAGAACCAACUAAAAUCUUUGAUAUUGAAGAGUUUCGAUCAGAAAUGGCUCUUCGAAUUUAUCACAGUCGGUUCAACAGAGAACAGUUAAUGUUGUUUUGUCAAACUAAUGUCCUUUUUACUGAUGCUGAAUACUUCAUGGAAUCUCCCAGCUGGAUCAUGGUGACAAAUCUUCAAGCAUUGGAUUUAGUAUUUGAUAACCAAGAGUACUCUUCAUUAGAGGAGCAAAUAGCCAACUUUGUUGCAGCUGGUACUCUACAGCAAAUGAAGAACAAGAAGAAAUCAUUCAAAGGAAAAACUUUCAGUAUCCAGAAAGAAUUUGACACAAAACGCAAAACAAGGAUGUCUUUGGCUAUGAAAGGCUUGAAAAUAAAGCAAUUUAUGAGAUAUAGCUGGGAAAAUGAAGAUGUUGUUUCUCCUGAAGAUGCCAUAAACAUAAAUGAAAUGGGAGAGUUCUUUGAGCCAGAAAGAGAUUAUAUGAUUGACUUUGAAACUGACAAUACGAGACAUAAACAUGCCAAGCUUGUUGGAGAGAAGAUGUGGGCAAAAGUGAAAUACACUUUAGAAAACAUGAACAAUGAGGACGUGUAAUGUUAGAGUUGAUGGCUUAAAGCUCAACUGGCAUAAUUGACACUAUUAAUGAUUUCACAAAAUAAACUCAUAUUACACAUUCACAUACAUUUAAACUUUCAUCCUACACCACAAGGACACUCUUUCUGUCAGCUGUCAACAGAAGAUUACAAUGAUUGUGCACAUACCAAAAGUAUUACUCCUUCCAGUGGAGUUAAGCAGCAUUAUUGCUAUCAGAAUGUCCAGGUUCUUUUUUGCUUGCAUUGUGUUACUUUUUAUUCUCUUAUUAUCUAUGCAGCCACAACAGCAAAUUGGACGUAGCAAGUAACUGCUCCAACUUUACAUCAGCUAUUUUGCUUUACUACUUGCUGAGUGUUUGUUCUUAUUUCAGAUAUCUUAACUAUAUUUGUAAUAAAGCAUUCUUUUCUUCC